AUGGCCAAGGAUCCCGUGUCAUGCAUCAAGCUGACCGACACAACCCGCACGAAGAGCUUGGCGUGUGCUCAAGGCAAACAGGCCAAGCAAGCGCAGUCGAAGAUGGACAAUGGCAUAAACUCACCCAUCGAUGUUAUCGGUGGUGUGCUAUGA